AUGACGAUUCCUGCGGCAUUUGUCUUUGUCCCUGUUGGUGUCCUCUUCUUGGUCUCAGGCCUCAUUGUCAAUCUCAUUCAGCUUGUGUUCUUCAUCAUUGUUCGUCCAUUCUCAAGAAAUUUAUAUAGAAGAAUCAAUAAAACCGUUGCGGAGUUACUUUGGUUGCAGCUUAUAUGGUUGAUUGAUUGGUGGUCUUGUAUAAAGAUCAAUUUAUACGCAGAUGAAGAAACUCUAGAGUCAAUUGGUAAAGAACAUGCACUUGUUUUAUGUAAUCAUCGAAGUGACAUUGAUUGGCUUAUUGGAUGGGUCAUGGCUCAGCGUGCGGGUUGUCUUGGAAGCUCUUUAGCCAUCAUGAAGAAAGAAGCAAAGUAUCUUCCAAUCAUAGGUUGGUCGAUGUGGUUUUCGGAUUACAUUUUCUUGGAAAGAAAUUGGGCUCAAGAUGAGAAUACCCUCAAGGCAGGUUUUAAAAGACUUGAAGACUUUCCUAUGACAUUUUGGUUGGCUCUUUUCGUUGAAGGAACUCGUUUCACUCAGGAAAAGCUUGAAGCUGCUCAAGAUUAUGCUUCUUCAAGAGGCUUACCGUCUCCUCGAAAUGUCUUGAUUCCUCGAACAAAGGGAUUUGUUUUCGCGGUGACUCAAAUACGGUCCUUUGUUCCUGCGAUUUAUGAUUGUACCUUAAGUGUUCAUAAGAAUCAACCUACACCAACUCUGCUUAGGAUGUUUAGCGGACAAUCAUCAGAGGUGAAUUUGCAGAUGAGACGUCAUAAGAUGAGUGAAUUACCAGAAACCGAUGAUGGCAUUGCACAAUGGUGCCAAGAUCUGUUCAUCACCAAGGAUGCUCAACUUGAGAAAUACUUCACAAAAGAUGUCUUUAGCGACUUAGAUGUUCACAAAAUCAACCGGCCAAUCAAACCAUUGAUCGUGGUCAUAAUUUGGUUUUGUCUCCUCAUAUGUGGUGGUUUCAAGGUGUUUCAAUGGUUAUCUAUGGUCGCCUCGUGGAAGAUCAUAUGUUUGUUUAUCAUCGUCUUGGUGAUUGCAACUACAACAAUGCAAAUACUAAUUCAAUCGUCUGAGUCACAUCGAUCAACUCCUGCUAAAAGACCUAUACAAGAACAACUCAUUUCUGCGUAA